AAUUGCUCUAGUUCUUAUUUUAUUCGAUAUCGUAGCGACAUCGGACUAAGAGAAAAUGGACAGAUUUAGCUAGAUACCAACAAUUUUUUUAAAAAAUGUUGACUAUGAUAUUGAAUAGAAAAAAACGACUAAAUUUAGUUGAUUUUACUCAUUUUAUGUGUUCUGAACAGCUUUUUAAGAAAGAGAGAGCGAUAUUACAGUAUUCAAGCCAUCAAUAUCGAAAUACGGAUAAAUUUCAUUUACAUCAGAACAAAUUGGGUCAUAAUGCAGUUUACAAUAUAGCUUAUUCAAGGGAGGGAAAUAUUGUUUUGGCUGGCUAUGAAGGAGGAUCGAUUUCAGCUUUCCACCCAUUGAUUCCCGAGGUCAAACCAUUAUUCACAAAUGAAAAUGCUCACUUGGAUAGUGUCAAUGGAUUUCAUUUUAUAAGUUCAACCAAAUUCGCUAGCUGCUCAGAUGAUACUACUGUUAAAAUAUGGGACGUAAGAUUUUUCAGGAAUCCAAUACAAACGCUUACCGAGUUGUCUGAUUGGGCUAAGAACAUCCAUUACAAUUCUGAAAGAAAGCUUUUAAUAACUUCAGCUCUGCAUAAAAGAAUUGCUAUCUACGAAUUAAAUAACGAUGUUUUUCAGCCAGUUAUUUUACUUGAUCAUAAAAACGAUUUAUUAAGGACAGCCCUUAUGAGAAACAACGACACAUUGUUUUUAACUGAAUAUAAUACAGGCAGACUACAUUGCAUUAAAGACUUUGAUAAAUACCUACAAAGGAUAAGAGAGCAUUCUAAGGAGGCUAUUUCUCAUUGGAGGAUAUCUGAAGAAGAUCUGACGCAAACAUCUUAUGCUUUUGAAGCAUCGGAUUCUGAGCAAGAAGCCUUCCAAAAAACUUUUGUUUCCUCCUUAACGCCUCAUCCUCUCGAUUGGUGUAUAGCUGUUCGAGGUAUAAGACAAUUGAACUCGACAAAUUACACGUGCGUGUUUGAUAUGCACAGCCCAAGUAACGGUUGUAGCAAACCAACAGCGUACGCUCGACCAACAUUAACUCAUUACCAUAAAGAGUCAAACGUAAGGAGAGAUUUUAUAAAAGAAAUAUCUUUUUCGUGCGACGGCCGAGUUAUAGCAUCACCUCUUGCAAAAGGAUUUCGAUUAUUUGGUUUUGGAACUGACUGUCCACACUACGCACCUAUAAAACUUAAUGAUAUAACAGAGCUAACAACAAUUUACGAACACUAUGAUAGGUCUGAAGGUUACGUUUAUACCGCCAAAUUUUCUCCAACAGACUAUCAUUUAGUCAUUGGAUGCUCUAAAGGAACAGUAAAAUUCUGCUAUCCUAGAUUAUAA